AUGGCAUAUUUGUAUUACAAAUGUAAUUUAGGAGAAUCCAGAAACGAAAGCGGCAGCAACGUAAUCAAGCUGUGCCUGCUUGAAUAUUGCUUAUAUUGCUGCAGUAAACUACAGUUUUGCUCUGCGGUGCAACAGCGAUCACCACGUCGUCUCUGGGAUCACUGGUACUUCUGGCUUGGCGUUACAUUUCUCGCUGCUUUUGUCGCUUCUUCGGUGAGCAACUACAUGGUCAAUAAUUAUACACAUAACGUUCAAGGUAUCCCGUUCCGACAUAACGCACACAUCAAUGGUAACGGACAGAACAACCCGGGGUUUAAUCAGCGAUCCGAUCGGAACCAAAUAUCCAUAAGCGUAAUUCCCACGACGGGGACGUUCUGGUCGCAGGGGAAGGUGCUGGUGAUCGGUGGGCAACCGGGCAUCACGCACAUGAAAGAUUGCAUAAGAUUAUCUUUUGCAGGAAGAAAGUGUGUGUGCACGAGCAAAGUCUGCAAGGAGGCCGGAACGGACACUUGCAGAACGAGAUUUUUCUGUUACACCGAACUUAUCUUGACGACGGGACAAGCAAUUGGUGAAAGUACGACCACGAGAGGAUGCACCGAGGGUGCCACGCCGCUGCUGUGCGAGACAAAGUCCUGGGUCACGGGGUCGCGAUCGCUCAACGUCGUGGAACCGUCGGCGAGUCCCCGGUUCCUCGUGCCCUGGCCCAAAUUGAAAUGCUGCAACAGCCACGACUAUUGCAACGCCGGUAAUGACGAUGAGAAUGACGACGACGACGAUGACAUUGGGGAAAAUGCUAGCACGUGGACGCACGAAAGGAAGCUGCAGCUGGAUCAGGCACGCGGAUCCAUGGAUCGCGAGACGUCGAAUCGUAAUGCGACGUCGACGAUGCGACGUUCCGAACGGAAGCAGGAAGAUCCGUCGAGAUCCUCGGGAUCCGACCGACUCCUUCGGGAUCGUGUCACAGCUUUGCACGUCGCCGCCUUUGUCCUCGCCGUUGCGGCUUUCAUAUCCGUCCUGGCGUCCUGCUACGUGGUAACAAGGUUCCUAAACAGCAAUCGUUACGUGAUGGGUACCGUUGAUUACUUGUGAAUGUGGUGACAAAAUAGUUACAGUGCGAUUAGAAUUGUGAUAUUUUCCCCCGAAUGUGGGAAUGCGCGAAGAAACAUAGGUAAAGUAUCUUACCACUUUUUUUGUCGUCACGAAAAAUUGUAAUAAACGCAAGCUUGUGUCAUUGCAGCGUGGAGGAAGGAACGUGCGCGCGUUUGCACGCUGGCGUCGCGGCGUAAUCGACGUUUCUCAUUCGCUCGCAAGAGAAUCGGCCUCUUAAACGUGCGCUCGUCGGUGCGGAUAUAAUUCUUGCAGUUGAUCUCUCGUAUGCGUCGCUGAUCGACUAACGAACGGGAAAUAUAAAUAGAAGCCGGCCGUGCGGGAGAUAACUGCUGCCGACAGGCCGGCCGAGACUGUAUUAAGGCGAUUUUUUGUGUUACGCUCACAAACACACACACACGCAUACACAUACACACGCUGGACAGCUCUCGAGAAUUCUCCAGGCAGCGGUAGCGCCGGCACGGCCGUCGAAGAGAUUGCGAGCGCAAGAUUGAAUAUCGCACGCCGACAAUAUUAUCUCAGCGGACAGCGCUCUGCACCUAUUAACCCUCGAUGGUCCAACUGAUUUGUAUCGGGAUCGAUGUCGCAGCGCGGAUGGAUCUCUCAAGCUCGAAGCCGAGCUCGAGAGACGAAGCGAUAGCUCGAGUUGGGUUUAAUCUGAUGACACGCGGACGGAACUUGUUGCUAUUUAGAAUACGUAUCGAUUAGUACGUGUGUAAUAGAUUGUUAUUACAGGAUCUAUUUAGAAUAACGUUCGGAGAAGACCUUCGCAAUGAGCAUGCAUUUUCGCGAUCGGGUGCUUGCGCGACGGAGCUUCCUCAAUCGUGAUGCCGCUUUAAAUUAUGCGUAUCGUAGGGUAACGAAGUUACGCUCAUCCUCAUUUAGGAGUAACAGCAUGUCGAGGAAAGUCCCAGACGCAGGCAGACAGUCGGACGACUCGAGAUGCGAGACCCGAUGAGUAUUCAGGGACAAUGCUUCCUGAAGAGCAAACGCUGGCCCACCGUGCUGGCUAUCCUUUGUUCUACGUAUCGACUAACGGCGGGCCCCGAAAAUUCCUGGUUGCCGGGAAGGGCAGGGGGAUCUUCGAAGGGCGCCCGUUGCGCCAGGUGCCCCGGCCCCAGGCCAGGCCGUUCCUACGUAAUUAGUCAUCUUUCAGGUUGCCGGACACACACGUGUACACAUCCUGCCGAUCGAAAACGAGAAAAAACCGCAGCGAAAUAACGCACGCACAGUACGGAACCCUAACGUAGUCGUAACGGAACGCUGCGUCAUCGUGAGAAAGAAAUUUCACCCAACGCAAAUGAGUCGACGUCGCGUCGUGACGUCGCGAGAGUACAGUGAAUCCUCUGUGAGUUCGGCGUAAACCUGAACCUGAACUAAGCUGGGUACAACAGAGAGAUGCCAAAACUUCGCAGGACUGAAGUUUUCUUCUGUGAAUGAAUGUGCCGAAGAUGCGCGUUCUUGAUAUCCUAAUAUCAUAAAAAAUUUACUGCGAUUAAAAGGAUUUAUUGAAUAUUUUAAGAAUAAUAUUUUAAGUUUUAUGCGAGUAUGCGUGUAUG